UCCAAGGCCAGUUGUCUCUACCGCUUUUAGAGAGAGAAAAAUUCGCCAAAAAUUAACUCCUACAGAGAGAAAGUGGAGCAGAGUAAGAAUCGAGGAGUGUGGGCGGUUCAGAUGCUGUGGAGAUGGGGAAACUGUCGCAACAGCAACUGCCAGUCGCACGGCAGCAGCAACAACGACAAGGCUCGACUGAGGAGGGUGGAGUCGGUUCUUCAAUCUUCUGCUGUCGGAGAUGUUCGGCGGCUUUCAACAGAAUUGCGAGAGAUUGCGGUUGUAAAUGCGUUUUUGUUUUGUUAUUAAGUGUUGCCGUGUUUGUUUAUGCCUUGUUUUCGGUCGUUCAUCUUUCAUCCAAGGAAAUUGGGUAUGAUGCAAAAGAUGCCAUCAAAAUUCGUGCCACAGUUCAAGCAUACUUAAGACUGCAGAAGCCUGUAGCACAGCUUCUGCCUCACAUUAAUGAGUUAGAAUAUGAUAUCUUUGGGGAGAUAGGUGUUCCUUCCACAAAGGUUGCUGUCCUAUCCAUGCACCGGGCAGGUUUAUCUAACAUUACGGAUGUGGUCUUUGGCGUCCUUUCUGAUCCACUGAGUGUUCCCAUUAAUCCAGUGUUCCUAAGCGUGCUCAAGUCAUCUUUUGUGGAGCUAUUUCUUCUACAGUCCAACUUGACACUGACUAACACAACUUUCGGAGAGCCCUCUUCAUUUGAAAUUCUGAAGUUUCCUGGUGGAAUCACAUUAAUCCCUGAGCAAUCUCCUUCAAUCUGGAGCGUACCACAGAUCCUCUUUAAUUUUACUCUUAACAACUCCAUAUAUGAGAUUAGAGAAAAGUUUGUUGAGUUGAAGACACAGUUGAAGUUGGGUUUGGAUCUGAUGCCUGAUGAGAUCGUUUACAUACAGGUAACAAACAAUAAUGGAUCUACUAGAGAUCCUCCAGUUGUAGUUGAAGCUUCAAUUACUUCAAACUGGGGGAUUCUGUUACCUCAGAGAAUGAGACAAUUGGCCAAAAAACUUAUGGGGUCUCCAAAAAAUCUUGGCCUUGACAUGUAUGUUUUUGGCAAAGUUAAGGAAGUCAGUUUAUCUUCUUCUCUAAAGCAUUCCCUUGACAUUUUGCCACCAACUCCAUCACCGUCUCCAUCUCCAUCCCCAGAUUUACCAUUUUAUGGAUCUGAUCCUCCAGCUCCUGCGCCUAACUUUCCUCUUUCAGCACCUUGCUCUAACUUUGAUGUAUAUGCACCUUCUGAUCCAAGCCCAGAGAAUGAUCUUGACUAUUUUUCUGCACCUUUACCAGCAGAAAAUGGCCCAAAGUGUCGUUCUGGGCUUUCUCCAAGUUAUUCACCAGUAUCUCAUGCCCAUCCACCUAGUCCUAAUAUAUCACCAAGUGCUUCUACUCCUUCCACAGGAUCUAUAGCACAGACUGGCCCUUCUCCUUUACCUGUAGUAUCUUUUGGUUCUGGUCGUGGCUGGGAAAAUGAAAAUGGCAGAAGAUUGGUGUCGCCACCACACUCAUUGCCCUCAAUCUCAGCUUCCUCUAUGUAUCCUGCGCUAUCCUCUCCCUACCAUAUCUGGUGGGUUUGCUUAUUCGGCCUCUUCAUAUUCCAUCUUCUUUCUUACCCAUUUUGAUGACACUUGUGCCGCAUUCUACUCAAAGUGGAGUUACCAGCAUGCGUCAUGGCAGGUUACAGUUUUGCUUUGGCUAGGAUGAUAAAAAGUUUGGCAGAAGGCUUUGGUUUGUAGGAAGACAAGGAAUGCUAGUAUACAUGAAUCAGAAAGUUGCAGGUUAAAGCCAUAAAGGUGGCUGGCCACUCUCUUUAAGUGUGAAAUAUUUGGACGGUAUUUUUCUGGGAUGAUAUUCCCGAAGGGAAUAACUCCUCAAGACAUUGAAGGCUGAUGAUGAAGUUACUACUACGACUCCACUGCAGUCUUUCAAGGAAAGCCUAAUUGAAAGCAGUGCAGGCUCUCCUUGAACAUCUGCAACGGGCUAACCACAAUUAUACAAAUACAUAGGAGAACUAGCUAGAUGAUCGCAAAUUAAUGUUCUUGAGUAUAUAUUUAUGCUAAUACCACUAUUAAGCAAUUGAGGAUGUUAAUUGCAGAUGAGUUUUCAUCC